UAGUACAUCAUGCUGCAUGGAGUGGUAACUUUGAUUUAGUUCAGUAUCUUAUUACUGAACAAGGUUUGUCUCCUAAUGCAGUUGAUAAGAAUGGCCUCACUGCUUUACAUUAUGCCUCAGUGUCUCUUAACUUAUCUCUUGUUAAAGAAUUAAUAACUACCCAUCAGUUAGAUCCUCAUCAAGCUGACAGUAAUGGUAAGCUACCAAUUCAUUAUGUUGCUCAAUCUGGUGAUAUUUUACUACUGGAAUUAUAUGUGAAGGAUUACAAGUGUAGUCUGAUCCUAACAGAUAACAAAGGUCGGAAUUUUAUUCAUUUUUCAUCAUUAGAAGGUCACACUCACUUUAUCAAACAUAUCACUAGUCAAAAUCUUCAAUACAUUAGUUUACUACACUCUACUGACAAUGAUGGUAAGAUACCAUUGCAUUUUGCCUGUCAGAGUGGUAAUAUUCAAUUGGUCACAUUUCUAAUAAAUGAUAUGAAAUGUGAUGUCAAUGCUAAGGAUACACGUGAUCAAACGUGUGUCACAUUUACAUGUUUCUCAGGUAAUCUUGAUCUAGUACAAUUACUAAUACAACAGUAUAAGCUUGAGCCUUUAGCGACUGAUAAAUAUGGUGUAACAGCAUUACAUGGAGCAGCACAAAAUGGUCAUACUCAUAUACUGAAAUGGUACAGUCAGGAGUAUAGUGUGGAUAUUACUAAUCACACUAACAAUAACAAGUACACACUAGCUCAUGCAGCUGCUUAUAAAGGUAGGCUACAUUGUCUACAGGAACUGAUCAACAAGUAUCAGUGUGACGUUAAUGCUACUACUACUGAUACUGGUAGUACAGUUCUUCUUGUAGCAUGUAAAGGAGGUCAUGUUCCUGUUGUACUUUAUCUCACUAGUCUUCCUCAGUGUAAUGUAGCAGCUAAGACUUCUAAUGGAUCAACAGUUCUUCACAUUACCUGUCAGUACAGUGACUCUCUUCCUAUACUCAAACAUCUGGUAGAGAAUCAUCAAUUAGAUCUAUGUGCUGUGAAUGAUGAGGGAAUGGCUCCUAUCCACUUAGCAUGUAAAAAAGGAAGAUUGAACUUGAUCCAGUACAUUAUAGAACACAUACCAUCAUCACUUGAACUACCUCAGAGUAAACAUGGUCGUACUCCAUUCCUUAUUGCAGUGUACUUCAAUCAGUUAGAAGUUAUUAAAUAUCUUAUUAGUAAGAAGUGUAAUCUAUCAGCUACUGAUGAUAAAGGGUCUGGAGCAGUUCACACAUCAGUAGCAAGGGGCCACUUAAAUGUAUUGAAAUAUCUCAUUGAUAAUAAUUAUUGUAAUCCUAAUGCAACCAAUCAUCAAGACCAUGUACCAAUUCAUAUUGCUGUAGCAGCUGAACAGUUUGAAAUAUUGGAAUUUUUAUUAAGAACUAGAUUAAGCAUACUUAUUAAUGUACAAGAUGAAGAUGGUAACACACCAUUACACCUUGCUUGUAUGUGGAGACAAACAAAGACAGUAUCACGUUUAUCAAGUGCUUAUCUUUCUACUAAUAUCAAUAUAUUAAUUACUAACAAGAAAGGACAGACACCAUUACACUUAGCAGUUGCCUCUGGUCAUAAGGAUACCACUGAAGCUUUACUCUCCUCUGUCACUGGUAGUUCUACUCAUCAUGAUCUGCUUACAGCUACUGAUAAUGAAGGAUCCACUGUAUUUCAUACAGCUUGCAGUAAUGGCCAUAUUGAUGUGUUUCGUUAUUUAUCCAGUAUUUAUCCUCAAGGUGUUAAUGCAUUGGAUAACAGAGGACGUGGUUUACUUCAUGCAGCAUGUGAGGGAGGAGAUAUUGAAAUAGUAAAGGAACUUGUUGAGAAGUAUAAACUAAAUCCUAAAUCACAAGAUAAAAAGGGCAUCACAUGCUUACACUUAUUAGCAAAAAGAAAGAGAGCUAAGAAAUCAUCCUUAAUAUUUGGGGAUGUUGCUGUAAGAAGAAACAUAUACCAGUACUUGAAACACAACAUUGACACUAAUGAAUUACCUAUAAACAAUUAGUCUAGUCAUACUCCUCUGUAUUAUGCUUCUCAUUCUGAUAAUAUUCAUAUAUAAUGUGUUAUCUCAUAGAGACCUUCCCCUGUACUCCUGAUGAUCCUGAUAAUAAUGGAUACACUUCAGUUAAUCGAGCAUGUGAAGCUGGUAGUAUGGAGUUAGUACAAUACUUUUUAACUGAUCUCAAUUGUAAUCUAAUAGCUAAUACUAAUGAUUUUAAAACCAUAAUUUUUACUAGUAAAAGUUCUAAUUUAGAGAUUGUUUAGUUUUUAGUUAACAAAACCUUGUCCACACAAUAUUGAAAU